AACCCUAAACAUCCUGAGACGGUUAGCCCACCUUCCUCACAACAGGCUGCCCGGUCUUACAGCUCUUCCCACAAACCGGAGCCUGGACGCUCUGGUUUGUGGGAAGAUGGAGCAGCAUCUUGAUGGACCCUGGGGGCACCCGGACGCAGCAUGGUUUCCACCUGCUGCACCGGUCGGUCUGUGUCUCCUUCGUCCUGCUGCUCAAGAACCCCAGUGAAAACCUGAUGAGAUGAGAGACCAUAGGGACUGCAGCUCCUCUCCCCACACCCCUUCCUACCCCUCCGCCCCCCCCCAUACACAUCAACUUUCCACUUGCAGUGACCUGUCCUUCAGGGUGACUUAUCAGCUGUUUGGGGUUUGCCACUGAAAGAAAACAAAUUGUGGAAUGCACCGCUCUGCGUGCUAAUGAAAUGGCUGAGCCAGCUCAGGGGUUAUGAGGCUUGCGAAUUAGGAGAAUAAUGAUCUUCAGUUUCUGACCUCCUGGCACAGCGGCAGUAUUUAUCAGGAGGCGCAUGUGACUGGUUAAGACACAGAGCCGCAGCUUGAAGGAAACAGCUGCUCGAGGCAUGCUCCAGCACUUGGCAGCCGGACAGGCAGGGUGCUGAUGUGAGGAGGACGACGGAACCGCCCCAAUUCUCCAAAGUACUUAUAAUUCAAGUUGGAUAAACCGGUUCUGCUGACUGCAUCCCCAGCACCUUUUCCAAGGAUGAUAACUGCCCUUACAAUUCUUUCAGACCUGGAGAUCUUUCAGUGUAAAGCCAGUGGAGUCUUGAAGUAUGACUGAGAACAGACACCAGUAGUGGCACAAACGUUACCAAGUCACGUGAUUAUGGAGAUGGUCUAUCUGAUGCUGAAAAUGUAUCUAGUUUUUUGACAGCGGCUAAAUAACCAUGGGGUCAAGUGGACUUGGAAAAGCAGCGACCUUAGAUGAACUGUUGAGAACUUGCAUUGAGAUGUUUGAUGACAAUGGAGAGCUGAAUAAUAGUUAUUUGCCAAGAAUAGUUCUACUGAUGCACCGAUGGUAUUUAUCUUCCACUGAAUUGGCAGAAAAACUUCUCUGCAUGUAUCGAGAUGCCAGUGGAGAAACCUGUGAUGAAUUUCGGUUAAAGAUCUGCUACUUCAUGAGGUACUGGAUUCUCAAGUUUCCUGCAGAGUUUAACUUGGACCUUGGUUUGAUCCGUAUGACUGAAGAGUUUCGGGAAGUAGCUAGUCAAUUAGGAUAUGAAAAGCACAUCAGCCUCAUCGACAUAUCCAGCAUUCCUUCCUAUGACUGGAUGAGAAGAGUCACACAGAGGAAAAAAGUAUCCAAGAAGGGAAAAGCCUGUCUGCUCUUUGACCAUCUGGAGCCCAUUGAAUUGGCUGAGCACCUCACUUUUCUGGAGCAUAAAUCUUUUAGAAGGAUCUCAUUCACUGAUUACCAAAGCUAUGUCAUCCAUGGCUGCCUGGAGAAUAACCCAACCUUGGAGAGAUCUAUUACUUUAUUUAAUGGAAUCUCUAAGUGGGUCCAGUUGAUGGUUCUUAGCAAACCAACCCCCCAGCAAAGGGCAGAAGUCAUUACAAAGUUUAUCAACGUUGCCAAGAAGCUCCUCCAGCUAAAAAAUUUUAACACUCUGAUGGCGGUGGUGGGAGGCCUUAGUCACAGUUCCAUUUCACGCCUCAAGGAGACCCAUUCUCAUCUUUCUUCAGAAGUUACAAAGAACUGGCACGAAAUGACAGAGCUGGUCUCCUCCAACGGCAAUUACUGCAGCUACCGCAGGGCCUUUGCAGACUGCGAGGGCUUCAAGAUCCCCAUCCUCGGCGUGCACUUGAAAGACUUGAUAGCGGUCCACGUCAUUUUCCCAGACUGGACAGAGGACAACAAAGUGAACAUUGUAAAAAUGCACCAGCUCUCUGUGACUCUGAGUGAACUGGUGUCCCUGCAGAACGCCUCCCACCACUUAGAACCCAACAUGGAUCUGAUCAACCUGCUCACGCUUUCUCUGGACCUCUACCACACAGAAGACGAUAUUUACAAACUGUCACUGGUGCUGGAGCCUAGAAAUUCUAAAUCGCAGCCUACCUCCCCUACGACGCCCACGAAGCCCGUGGUGCCCUUGGAGUGGGCAUCAGGAGUGAUGCCAAAGCCAGACCCCACAGUCAUCAAUAAGCACAUAAGGAAGUUAGUUGAGUCUGUGUUUAGAAACUAUGACCACGACCACGAUGGGUACAUUUCCCAAGAGGACUUUGAAAGUAUAGCUGCCAAUUUUCCCUUUUUGGAUUCCUUCUGUGUGUUGGACAAAGAUCAGGAUGGCCUCAUUAGUAAAGACGAAAUGAUGGCUUACUUUCUGCGAGCUAAGUCCCAAUUACACUGUAAAAUGGGACCUGGAUUUGUCCACAAUUUUCAGGAGAUGACCUAUCUCAAGCCAACCUUCUGUGAACACUGUGCAGGAUUUCUCUGGGGCAUAAUCAAGCAAGGAUAUAAAUGCAAAGACUGUGGAGCCAAUUGUCACAAACAGUGCAAAGACCUCCUGGUUCUGGCCUGCAGGAGAUUUACCCGGGCGCCCUCCUUGGGUAGUAGUCAUGGGUCACUGCCUGGAAGUCCCUCGCUGCCCCCAGUGCAGGAUGAGGUGUUUGAGUUCCCUGGUGUCGCUGCUGGACACCGAGACCUGGAUAGCAGAGCCAUCACACUGGUCACAGGCUCUUCUCGCAAGAUCUCCGUGCGGCUGCAGCGGGCUACCACCAGCCAGGCCACCCAGACCGAACCUGUAUGGUCCGAGGCCGGCUGGGGAGACUCAGGGUCCCACACCUUCCCCAAAAUGAAAUCCAAAUUCCAUGACAAAGCAGCAAAGGACAAAGGUUUUGCCAAGUGGGAAAACGAGAAGCCCAGAGUGCAGGCUGGCGUGGAUGUUGUUGACCGGGGCACGGAGUUCGAGCCUGACCAGGAUGAAGCAGACGUGGGUGAGAUGAGACAGGACGGUGAGGAUGGCUGACUUCGGGCUGAGGACACUGGAGGCAAUAAUGUCAGCAUUUGGAAGGAGCAAGAUGAGAAAGUCUGAAGAACUCUCCAACUCAGGAAGUUAUCUGAAAAGAUAUCUUGGACUUUGACUGCCUGAUGACUCCAUGGGGUUUUCCUGAUUGGACUAUGGGACCGAGGAUUUACCACAUGAACUAUUUAUUUCCUCCUCCCCAGGCCCUAGUUCAGGUGUCACCAGGUCUGGGUGAUGUAGUUGGUAGAUGUCUCCUGUAUCUUUCCCAAUUAUAUAUGAGUGAAGUGAAAGCUUUUCUGCAUGUACUUGAUACACAUUCUCUAAACUCUACUUUUUUGUGAGAAUAUUAUUUCGGUAUUUUUGUAAACUUUUGGUGGAGGAGGAAUCAGUUUAGAGGGGUUUUGUUGUUGUUGUUGUUGUUUUGUGCUUUUUGGAUGGGACCAGGACUUAUUUUCUUGAGGGACAAGAAAGCUCUUUAGAUCCUGGAAUGAGGUGUUUCUUCUAACACAAGGAGAUGUUUACAUUGUUCUUACCCUACAGUGGCUAUUACAAUGUGUAACAAGUCAUACAUUUAUAUUCACAUAAGUCUUACCAGUUCUGCAUCAUAAGGAAGCUAUGACACAGCCAUGAAAACUCUCCUGAUAUUUAUAAUUGUCGUGAGGGAAAAUUAAGUGUAUUUGUCUUAGCUGACUAGGUUUAGCCGUUUUUCUUAAGACUCCUGUUAAGAUUGCCAGUAAAAAAAUGUGGAUAGUGAUUACAAAAUCAAUUAAGUUUUCGGGGAAUAAAAUUUAGGAGAAAAGCAAACCACUUAGUGAAAUGAAAAACAACCAGCAAUUCUUUAAAAACUCAAAACAGUUUUAAGAACUUUAUUAAAAACGAAAAGUUUUGGUUAUAAAAGAGAGCUUUUGUCCUCUUCCUAAGAAAUUGCCAUCCAUAAUUAAAGAAUAGUCAUAGAAAUCAAAUCAUCAGGAACCACCUUGGAUUAAUACUAUUUCAUUUCAGCUUUUAAAGUAUCAGUAUUUUCAGUGUCUCCCUUUGACCUAAACAACUAGGCAUGGGUCUGUUUUUUACAUGAUUAGAGGACAAAGAACUUAGUUCAGGGUGUUCAAAUAGGGAAAAUGGAUUGAGCCACUGGACAAGGGGAAUGACCUGCUGCCAUGUGGCCAGUGAGAAAUUGUACCCACAGAAGUGCACUGGGGUUCAUUGGGAGUUCAGAUGUGUCUACCAUAUAAGACUGAAUUUAUUUCUGUUUGGCGCAGUCACUUCAGUAAAGAAAUACCUUUCUUCUUUUUUUUCAUUAUAUAAAAUUGAGGACAGUUCUACUCACCCAACACUUGACCACUUGCUUGGGGCAGGUCCUGUGGUAGAUGCACAAAGAAAAGCAACAUUUGAUUUCUACCCUCUGGAGAGAUGGUGCCUUAAAGUACACUUCUGGAUUUGCUAGCACAGACUUAAUGGUGCCAAACAGAUUGAGAAAUCGAUUUGCAGAAAUAUUGCAAAUUAACUGAAGUUAUUAUUUGAGGGAGCUUUGAAUAAACUACGUAAUAAGAGAACUCACCAUUUGCAAAGCACCUCAGAAAGCAAGCAGCCAUCCCCAAUGUUGGCUCUGUGUGUAUAUAUUAUCUAUUCCUAGUCACAAAUGCAAUGAAAUACAAACAGAAAAUGGCAAUUGAAGUACAUGAAACAUUCUUGUUUUCUUUUUUUUUAAUUUUAAGAAAAUUCAGGAAGAAAACUUGGAUUGUUCUUUUUCCUCUCAAAGCGAUUAUUUCACUCGUCACUUAGUUUGGGUUAUUUUUGAGUUUUCAUAUAUAAGAAGAGUUUUAUAGUGUCAGCUUUCCUGUGACAAAGAUACUAAAUGUACUUCAACUAAAAAAGAAAUAAAUAUGAACAACAAAGAAAA